CCCGGCCCGGCCCUUCCCCUGCUCCCCGCCCGCUGCCGCUUCACCCGCGCGGGCGGCCGCCACGCGAGCUGCGGCCUCCGCCCAGGCGGGGGGCGUCGGCGCUGGGUCCGCCAUGGCCGCGUCCGAGCUCUACACCAAGUUUGCCAGGGUUUGGAUACCUGAUCCUGAGGAAGUGUGGAAGUCAGCAGAAUUGCUCAAAGAUUAUAAGCCUGGAGAUAAAGUACUGCUGCUUCACCUUGAGGAAGGGACGGAUUUGGAAUACCGUCUAGAUCCAAAGACCAAGGAGCUGCCUCCCUUACGGAACCCUGACAUACUUGUUGGAGAAAAUGAUCUUACAGCCCUCAGCUAUCUUCAUGAACCUGCUGUGCUGCAUAAUCUCCGAGUUCGCUUCAUCGAUUCCAAACUUAUUUAUACAUAUUGUGGAAUAGUCCUGGUAGCUAUAAAUCCCUAUGAACAACUGCCUAUUUAUGGAGAAGAUAUUAUUAAUGCAUACAGUGGCCAGAACAUGGGUGACAUGGAUCCUCACAUCUUUGCAGUAGCUGAAGAGGCUUAUAAACAAAUGGCAAGGGAUGAACGAAAUCAGUCCAUCAUUGUAAGUGGAGAGUCGGGAGCAGGAAAGACAGUCUCAGCUAAGUAUGCCAUGCGAUACUUUGCAACUGUAAGUGGUUCUGCCAGUGAGGCCAAUGUUGAGGAAAAGGUCUUGGCCUCCAACCCCAUUAUGGAGUCAAUUGGAAAUGCUAAAACAACCAGGAAUGAUAAUAGCAGCCGAUUUGGGAAAUAUAUUGAAAUUGGUUUUGAUAAGAGAUAUCGAAUCAUUGGUGCCAACAUGAGAACGUACCUUUUAGAGAAAUCCAGAGUGGUAUUCCAGGCAGAAGAGGAGAGAAACUACCAUAUCUUCUAUCAGCUCUGUGCUUCAGCAAAGCUACCUGAGUUUAAAAUGCUGCGAUUAGGAAAUGCAGAUAGUUUUCAUUACACGAAGCAAGGAGGCAGCCCUAUGAUUGAAGGCGUGGACGAUGCGAAGGAGAUGGCGCACACCAGGCAGGCCUGCACUCUGCUGGGAAUUAGUGAAUCUUAUCAAAUGGGAAUUUUUCGAAUACUUGCUGGCAUCCUUCACUUAGGCAAUGUUGGGUUUACAUCUCGAGAUUCAGACAGCUGCACAAUACCUCCCAAGCACGAGCCACUUAUCAUCUUCUGUGACCUCAUGGGUGUGGAUUAUGAAGAGAUGUGUCACUGGCUCUGCCACCGAAAGCUGGCUACUGCCACGGAGACAUAUAUCAAACCCAUCUCCAAGCUGCAGGCCAUAAAUGCCCGAGAUGCUUUGGCAAAGCACAUCUAUGCAAAACUCUUUAACUGGAUUGUAGAUCAUGUCAACCAGGCUCUCCAUUCUGCUGUCAAGCAGCACUCUUUCAUUGGCGUACUGGAUAUCUAUGGAUUUGAAACAUUUGAGAUAAAUAGUUUUGAACAAUUCUGCAUAAAUUAUGCCAAUGAAAAACUACAGCAACAAUUCAACAUGCAUGUCUUCAAAUUGGAGCAGGAGGAAUAUAUGAAGGAACAAAUUCCAUGGACACUCAUAGAUUUCUAUGAUAAUCAGCCUUGUAUCAAUCUUAUAGAAUCUAAACUGGGCAUUCUAGAUUUGCUGGAUGAGGAAUGUAAGAUGCCUAAAGGCACUGAUGAUACAUGGGCCCAAAAGCUGUACAACACACAUUUGAACAAGUGUGCCCUCUUUGAGAAACCCCGUAUGUCAAACAAAGCCUUCAUCAUCAAACAUUUUGCUGACAAAGUGGAGUACCAAUGUGAAGGCUUUCUUGAAAAGAAUAAAGACACUGUUUUUGAAGAACAAAUUAAAGUCCUUAAGUCAAGCAAGUUUAAGAUGCUACCAGAACUAUUUCAAGACGAUGAGAAGGCCAUCAGUCCCACCUCCGCCACCUCAUCAGGGCGCACACCUCUCACUCGAGUUCCUGUAAAGCCCACCAAGGGUCGACCUGGCCAGAUGACCAAAGAGCACAAGAAAACAGUGGGACACCAGUUUCGGAACUCCCUUCAUCUGCUUAUGGAAACCCUUAAUGCCACGACUCCUCACUAUGUACGCUGCAUUAAGCCUAAUGAUUUCAAGUUUCCAUUCACAUUUGAUGAGAAGAGGGCCGUGCAGCAACUGAGAGCAUGUGGGGUCCUGGAGACCAUCCGAAUCAGUGCAGCGGGGUUCCCCUCACGGUGGACUUAUCAGGAGUUUUUCAGCCGGUAUCGGGUCCUAAUGAAGCAAAAAGAUGUGCUGGGAGAUAGAAAGCAAACAUGCAAGAAUGUAUUAGAGAAACUGAUAUUGGAUAAGGACAAAUACCAGUUUGGUAAGACAAAAAUCUUUUUCCGGGCUGGUCAAGUGGCCUAUCUAGAAAAACUGAGGGCGGACAAGCUGAGGGCUGCCUGCAUCCGGAUCCAGAAGACCAUCCGCGGGUGGCUGCUGAGGAAGAAAUACCUGUGCAUGCAGAGGGCAGCCAUCACGGUGCAGCGAUACGUGCGGGGCUAUCAGGCUCGAUGCUAUGCUAAGUUUCUGCGCAGAACCAAGGCAGCAACCACCAUUCAAAAGUACUGGCGCAUGUAUGUGGUCCGCAGGAGGUACAAGAUUCGACGAGCUGCCACUAUUGUUGUUCAGUCUUAUUUGAGAGGCUAUUUGGCAAGAAAUAGAUAUCGCAAGAUACUCCGUGAGCACAAAGCAGUCAUCAUUCAGAAACGUGUCCGUGGCUGGCUGGCUCGUACUCAUUAUAAGAGGACCAUGCAAGCCAUCAUCUACCUUCAGUGCUGCUUCCGGAGGAUGAUGGCCAAGCGUGAGUUGAAGAAACUGAAAAUUGAGGCUCGCUCUGUGGAACGCUACAAGAAACUCCACAUUGGCAUGGAAAACAAGAUUAUGCAGCUGCAGCGCAAAGUGGACGAGCAGAAUAAAGACUACAAAUGCCUCAUGGAGAAAUUGACCAAUCUGGAAGGAGUAUACAACUCUGAGACUGAAAAACUACGAAAUGAUGUAGAACGUCUUCAGUUAAGUGAGGAGGAAGCUAAGGUUGCCACUGGGCGGGUCCUUAGUUUACAGGAAGAAAUUGCCAAACUCCGCAAAGACCUGGAACAAACUCGAUCAGAGAAAAAAUCCAUUGAAGAACGAGCAGAUAAAUACAAACAAGAAACUGAGCAGCUGGUAUCAAAUUUGAAGGAAGAAAACACUUUGCUGAAGCAGGAAAAGGAGACCCUCAAUCACCUCAUUGUGGAGCAGGCUAAGGAGAUGACAGAAACUAUGGAGAGGAAGUUAGUAGAAGAGACAAAACAGCUGGAGCUUGACCUGAAUGAUGAGAGACUGAGGUAUCAGAACCUUCUGAAUGAGUUCAGUCGUCUGGAGGAGCGCUAUGAUGACCUCAAGGAGGAGAUGACCCUAAUGCUGAAUGUGCCUAAGCCAGGACACAAGAGAACAGAUUCUACCCACAGCAGUAAUGAGUCUGAGUACACCUUCAGCUCUGAAUUCGCAGAAACAGAAGACAUUGCACCAAGAACAGAGGAGCCAAGUGAGAAGAAGGUGCCUCUGGACAUGUCCUUGUUCCUUAAGCUCCAGAAGCGUGUCACAGAGCUGGAACAGGAGAAGCAGAUAAUGCAGGAUGAGCUGGACCGAAAGGAGGAGCAGGUGUUGCGCAGCAAGGCCAAGGAAGAAGAAAGGCCACCAAUUAGAGGUGCGGAACUGGAAUAUGAGUCCCUCAAGCGUCAAGAACUGGAAUCAGAAAACAAAAAACUGAAAAAUGAGCUGAACGAGUUGCGCAAAGCCCUCAGUGAGAAAAGUGCCCCAGAAGUGACUGCACCAGGUGCUCCUGCCUACCGUGUCCUCAUGGAACAGCUGACCUCUGUGAGCGAGGAGCUGGACGUUAGAAAGGAGGAAGUUCUCAUCUUGCGGUCUCAGCUGGUGAGCCAGAAAGAAGCCAUCCAACCCAAGGAUGACAAGAAUACAAUGACAGAUUCCACAAUACUUUUGGAAGAUGUACAGAAAAUGAAAGACAAAGGUGAAAUAGCACAAGCCUAUAUUGGUUUGAAGGAAACGAACAGAUCAUCUACUAUGGAUUACCAGGAGUUGAAUGAGGAUGGAGAGCUCUGGCUGGUUUAUGAAGGGUUAAAACAAGCCAACAGGCUCUUGGAAUCCCAGCUACAGUCUCAGAAGAGGAGCCAUGAGAAUGAGGCCGAGGCCCUCCGUGGGGAGAUCCAGAGUCUAAAGGAAGAAAACAACCGGCAGCAGCAGCUGCUGGCCCAGAACCUGCAGCUGCCCCCCGAGGCCCGCAUUGAGGCCAGCCUGCAGCAUGAGAUCACACGGCUGACCAAUGAAAACCUGUAUUUUGAGGAAUUAUAUGCAGAUGACCCUAAGAAGUAUCAAUCAUUUCGGAUUUCACUUUACAAAAGGAUGAUUGAUCUGAUGGAACAACUUGAAAAACAGGAUAAAACUGUCCGAAAACUGAAAAAACAACUGAAAGUCUUCGCCAAAAAAAUCGGUGAACUAGAAGUGGGUCAGAUGGAGAACAUAUCUCCAGGACAGAUCAUUGAUGAGCCUAUCCGGCCAGUCAACAUUCCCCGGAAAGAAAAGGAUUUCCAAGGAAUGCUGGAGUACAAAAGGGAGGAUGAGCAGAAGCUUGUUAAGAACCUGAUUCUAGAAUUGAAGCCACGUGGUGUGGCUGUCAAUCUGAUUCCAGGGUUACCAGCAUAUAUCUUAUUUAUGUGUGUGCGGCAUGCUGACUACUUGAAUGAUGAUCAGAAAGUAAGGUCGUUGCUGACGUCAACAAUUAACAGCAUCAAAAAAGUCUUGAAGAAAAGAGGUGAUGAUUUUGAAACUGUCUCCUUCUGGCUUUCUAACACGUGCCGGUUUUUGCACUGCUUGAAGCAAUAUAGUGGAGAAGAGGGCUUCAUGAAGCACAACACAUCUCGCCAGAAUGAACACUGUCUCACCAAUUUUGACCUUGCUGAAUAUCGGCAAGUGCUGAGCGACUUGGCCAUUCAGAUUUACCAGCAGCUUGUGAGGGUGUUAGAGAACAUCCUUCAGCCAAUGAUAGUCUCAGGCAUGCUAGAGCAUGAAACAAUUCAGGGUGUAUCCGGGGUGAAGCCCACAGGGCUCAGAAAGCGAACCUCCAGUAUCGCAGACGAGGGCACCUACACACUCGACUCCAUCCUGCGGCAGCUCAACUCCUUCCAUUCAGUCAUGUGUCAGCAUGGGAUGGACCCAGAGCUAAUCAAGCAGGUGGUCAAGCAGAUGUUCUACAUUGUGGGUGCCAUCACCCUAAACAACCUCCUCCUGCGCAAGGACAUGUGCUCUUGGAGCAAAGGCAUGCAGAUCAGGUACAAUGUCAGUCAAUUGGAAGAGUGGCUACGUGACAAGAAUCUAAUGAACAGUGGGGCAAAAGAGACCCUGGAACCUCUCAUUCAAGCUGCUCAGCUUUUGCAAGUGAAAAAGAAAACCGAUGACGAUGCCGAGGCCAUCUGCUCCAUGUGCAAUGCGCUGACCACUGCCCAGAUUGUCAAGGUAUUGAAUCUGUACACACCUGUUAAUGAGUUUGAAGAGAGGGUCUCUGUUUCAUUCAUCCGUACUAUACAGAUGCGGUUACGAGACAGGAAAGACUCUCCUCAGCUGCUCAUGGAUGCUAAACACAUCUUUCCUGUCACUUUUCCCUUUAACCCAUCCUCCCUGGCCCUAGAAACCAUCCAAAUCCCAGCCAGCCUAGGCUUGGGCUUCAUUGCACGGGUCUGAAGUGCUGUCCAGGCAAACGUAGAGAACGCAUUUCUUCUCUGAAUAAGAACAGUUGUUUCCAGUGAGCUACUGCAAAUACCUUUUUAAAGAAACAGUACUGAUCAUCUCUAAAAGAAGAUGUCAUUAACUGGAAAUCUCCCUAGAACCUUUCCAGUUGGGAAGAGACAACUUGUCUUGUGUGACCUUUGAAGCAGCGUUCAUUCUUAAUCAACUGAGUUUACAUACAGCUGAGUGAUGGCAGGGAGGAAUGAAAGGAAGGGAAAAGGUGUGUGUCUUCAGCUGACAGCUUUUAUUUUAAAUCUUUAGGGCUGCAUUUAAGUGACAUAGAAAACUCCAAUUCCAUAUGUAUGAACUGUUGUUAGCAAGGCACAAAGAACUGAAAGAAAAAUCAGCACUGAACAUAUAUCAUAUCAGCUUAGGAGUCAAUCAUGUUGAUAUUGUCAAACUGGAUCAAAAAAAUAAACUGGCAAUAUGUAAAGUAAUUGCCCAAGUAACUUCCUUAUUUGUGUCAUUACGGUACAGUGAUACUAAAGAUGCUGGUUUGCUAGGUAGCUUAGUUGCCCUUUUGUACUGUAGCUUACCAAGCAUCUUAAAUUAUUGCUACGAGCUGUCUCCUGAUGUUAGUGACAGUCUUAUUAGGCACUACACAGUAAGCUUCUUUUCAUCACUCUGUUUACAAUUCAACCAGAUCAGUUGUAACUGGAUUAUAUGCAAUUAUCCACAGGUUCAUCUGCACAAGUAGCAGACACUGGAAGUCGUGUAGUAAUAGGACAAGAUGCUUGAUGUUUAGGUGGAAUUAGAGUGACUGUUGAUGUCAUUGAUGAUCACAAUGUAUUACAUGAUAUGCUAAUUAAUUUUACCUGUGUGGGUAUCACAUCAUGGUAUAGUGUUCUGUAAAAUUACUUAUUUUUAGUUCCCAAAUCUGAUUCUUGCCAUGCAUAUAUUCAUCCUAACCAGUUCUAUUUUUAAUUUAUUAAGUGUUGGCCUCAGUCACUAGAAAGUACUGUCAGAAUAUUUAUGAUUCAGAUCUUGAAGCUUUGAUUAUUCUGUAAGUUAUUCAAAACAGACUAUAAUAAAUUGUUAUAAAUCAGGGGGUUUAGGUGUUAUAAUCUCUAUAAAUGUUCUCAGAUACCACUGGAUACUUUAAAAACAUCAUAUUAUAAAUACAUUAAGAAGAUUUAUGUAAGAAAUAUAAGAAGAUUAUUAAUUUUAUAGAGGAUGUGGUUCAGUAAGACCUAGAUGCUAUAAAUUUUCAUUAUGAAAUUCUAAUUAAGCAUAUUCUCCAUUUUUUCCUGGAAAUCUUAUAUAAUAAAUCCUUUGGGUUACGCAAGAGCAAAUUCUUAGCUUUAAUUCCUCUGGCUCUCAAUUACAAUCAUCAAUUUGUAUAGUUAAACUAUAAGAUGGUCUAUAACAGUGACAUUUAAAUAUGUGCAAUAUUAUUGAUGAGAACCAAAAGUUUCAAGUCAAUGAUAAAUCCUGUUAUUAAACAGCAGUUAUUGUCCAUUAUCUUACUGAAGCCUGAAUGUCCUUGUUUAUAAAGUAAGAGGGUUGGACAACUGGUUGUUCCCGCCACUUCCCCAUUUACAAUUCCCUCAUGCUUGGCUCCUAGAAAAAGGGCCACAGUUACUCAGUCUGUCCAAUUGUGAAGACCAGUGUUUAGCACCUGUCAGUUCUCUAAGGAUUAAUAUAGUAAGUCACAAGUUUAUGUGUCGAUAAUGUUUUCUUAACAUACAUCAUUUAGGUACUUUAGGAACAUCCUACUGUAUUUGUAUUAUUUGAAAAUCACUUAAACAAUUUUGUUACAUGAUGAACUGCUGUUUUGUUUGAGGAAUUUUUUUUUUGUAGUUCUGGGGAUCGAACCCACCACCUCAUUUGUGUUAAGUAAGUAAGUACUCUAUCAUUGAGCUACAGGCUCAACCCUUUUUCAGUUCUAAUACAUUUAUUUAUUUAUUUGCAGAACCUUAAACACUAAUUCAACCAGAUUCGGUUUUAAUGGUUUUUCCAUAGUGUUUCAGUGAGCAGUUACUGCUUAAAGCCAUUUCGUCAGUGCUGUGUCACACGGCACAGAGGGAUGGCGAGAGGGAGAGUUAUUAAGCAAACAGAGCCAUGUGUAGGCUGUCUUCCCUCAGCCCCCCCCACACCCUGCUCCCAGCUGAGUCUUGUGUAGGACGACUGAUGUACACCCUGAGUUUUGUCUUCUAGAUCAUGCUGUCACAGCCACUGUCCCUGCAGCCCUUCUCUUUCUUCCUCCAGACAGUGUGUCCUACAGGUCUGUCUCUCCUGUACUUUUCUCUGCUGUCGAGAACUGGGGCUCCUGCUCCAUAGCUCUUCCCACUCUGCAGUGUCUCCUGCUGCAGCGACAAUGGCUCGGAGUUCUUUGAUGCUAGGCUUCAAGUCUUUCCAGCUGCUUCAGAACCCCAGCUGGGGAUCUGAAGUACCGUCUCUUGUUUAUCUGGAGGGUUUUAGUUCUCAAAAGAAUACCUUAUACCAGGGAACCUCAGAACCUGGUAAGUGGCUGUGUGCACUUCGCUAAGGAGGCACCAGGUUUCUGCUGACUAGGUAGGGUCACCUCCGCUCUGUCAUCUGUCCCCUCACCUAGCUGCAGGCACACACCCAGCUUUCCCCUGCCUGUCACACAUUCCCACUUCUUCCCUCAGCCCAGUUCACCAGCGGAUGGUUUUCUGCGGCCCUGGCUGGCAUGCAUGGAACUCGGCUCUUGGUGUUCGUGCUCAUGCCUGUCUUCUCUCAUCUCUGUGCUCCUUAUCAUUGGCUUUUCUGUAAUCCGCGGUGAUACACUCGGACUCCAAAGAGGGAGCUCUUGACAGGCACAGCAGCACAGCCCUCUUACUCUUAGUAGCCCCGCCUAUAGCCACCCACUUUCCUGCUACAGGUGCAGCUCACACCCUUGGGAUCCAAACAGUUCCCCUUCCCUUCCUGCAGCCUUUCUUAGCCCAAGGCUUGCAUCUGCCUUCCAGUAACUCCAAGGCAGGAAAGAUAAACACGAAACAAAAAGCACCAAGGACAACUUGAUGGUUCUUUUGGGAGCUUUGGACAUUCCACAUGACCUGGCACUGCUCUGAAAGCAAAUACACGGAACUAUAAUCCAAAGCCAAGUGAUAGGAGAUUUAGACUUGUGCCAGUUUAGAUGACUUGCUUUGUUGCUGAUUCAUUUCGGUAGAUAAAGAAUGAUUCCUUAUGGGUGAGCAAGUGUGUGUGCUGCACAUAUUCUUUAGUAGUGUAUACAGGAGGCUGUGAAAUUGAGUCUCGGUGUCUUGAUUAUUGUGAGAAAUUGCAGUUGUGACAAUUCUAGGAGAAGAGGAGCCGCCACCAUCCUGAGAACCCCACAAAGAACCCCCUCUCUUACACACACCGCCACCAGAUGAGAGUUCUUCAGGAGGCGUAAUCAGGGUCCUCUGGGUAACCCCAACCUCUUAGGAUACAGAGCAAAUGUCCGUGUGUGGCACUGCUUGGUCCUGCUGCCAGUAGAACAGAAAUAGUGCCCAUAUGCAUGUGCUUCCUGCCAGCACUCUGUUACCUCACGCCCCACAGCAUCGGCGGGAGAGAGCUCCCACAAUCAUGUGGAUGGUAAUUCCUGACAAUGACACGGUCGGUGACUUGCCUAUGGUGGCACUGCCCUCUAGCAGUGAGGGCACAGGCUCUCCUGCCCCUCCAGAUGCUGCGGGGUGCCCUGGGCUAGUAAGGGCACUCUUCACCUUUAAUGGUAUGUGGGAAUAGACAAAUGAUGAGCCCCGACUUCUUGGAGGCCAGUGCACAGUGCAUUAGCACUGCUGUGACUAGGCUUGCCCUUUGUCACGAAUCAGUGCUCCUUGACAGGGUAUGGACUCUCAAAUUAGAGGCAGUCCGAACUAAAAGGGCCAGGAAGCAGCAAACCUCAGAUGUGAAGAGACAAGGCAGGCCACUCUCCACAACCCUGAGGUUUCCCUGUGAGAGCCCCUGACUGCUGCACAGCCUACGGAGGACUCUUCUCUAUGUCAUUUUGCUACAGAGUGGACACUCAGUACCUCCCUCCCUGGGGCUGUCCACCAUAGGUGAGUCAGUAUAAGCUUGGAAGUGCCACAGCACGCUGCAGGGGAGGAGCUAGGAGCUGUGCUGUGGGCAUGCAUGCUUGAGGCCACAAGCACUUGGCGCUCGUGCUUUGUAAUUUGUUCUCAGACUGUGCUGUGAGGGCCGCCUUAACCCUUGCCCCUUCCCUUUUAGAGCUGCCUUAAGUUCCCCAGAACUUGUCCUCAGUGAGGGAUAUCUUGCCAUGUUUCUUGAGGUUUUGUGAGGAUUUGGAUCGGAUGAGGCUCCCUACCACUGACUCUUUCUGCCCUUCUGCAUCUCCUGCCACCUCUGUACUGUCAUUUCCAAACAAAGACUGGAAUUUAUGCAGCGACUAGUGAAAUGCUAACUUUAAGAAUGUUUCUGGGUCAGUGCAACUCCCGGUGACAGUAAGCAAAUGAAUAUUCGUGGGGGUUGCACCUUUCACUAACCCUUUUUUAGUAAAGGCAAAAAUACAACUCUAAAAACCUUUUGUAGACGUCCUUUUAAAAUGUAAAGGUGCCCUCAUGUAAAAGGCUGAGUAAAAAACAGGAAAGUAACUGUGUAUGUAUUAAUCCAUCUUAGCACCUAAAUUAACUAUAGACCAAAAACUGAAAGAUGCCAUGUCAAACAUCUCCAAAAUGCAUUUUAUACAUUUUUUAAUUUUAUAAUUUGAUCUAGCUAGCUAAAAAACAUUAACGUAGUGGGUAGAAUUAGACACAUAACAUAUCUGAAAACAACUGACAUUUCCUUGGUGUUGUAAUAUUGAUGGAAUGGUUGGGAAAGUUCUGGGUUUGUUUUUGAGGGUUGAAAUUGUCAUAUAUAAUGCAUUUUCCAGAGUUAGAAGUUUCAAAUAACUUACUGUUGUUGUUAUAUGUUACAAAAUCUUAGCCUGAGUCACUCAAGCCCUUACUUUUCCUACAAACAGUAAUUCCUCAUUUAAAUGUGGAUAUGUGUUGUGAUUUAUGGUCCCUAAUUAUGUUCUUUUGUGGGCUCCUGAAGUAAUAUUGAUUUUCUCUUGUUCUUAGAAAGUUUGAAUUGUUCCAGCAGUAUUGCACAGAUGAGCUCAUGGCAUUUUUGUGUUUUUAUUUUAACUGUUUUUAUUUUAACUGUUUAUAAUUUAUUGUGAAAUACAGCAGAAUGGGAUAUUGCAGUUUUCAUAUCUUUUUCCUCCUUGGAUCUGGAGAAAGAAUCUUCUUGAUCUACACAGUUAAUCUCUGCAAAGUGGUUAGGUGAGGAAGCAGAAACGUGGCAUUACCAAGCCACUCCAGGUCGGAACUGAGCUCACGGGAAAUCUUCUAGAAGGUUAACAAGUCACCUCAUAUCAACAAAGCCUUGGAAACAUGAGUUUUUCACUGGAUAUCACCUAAUGCUGAAAGGAAAGCCAAAACAAUAUCAGAAUGACCUUUUAUGCUCUAAGUUUGUAGCUGUCUGGUGUUGUACUUAGUGCGUAUCUGUCAUUAGCGCUGUAUUCUCUUAGCUAUUGUAGAAAAUUGUUGAAAUAAAGAUAAGGACAUAAAGAA